AUGGCGAAAAAUGGUGCAAAUAUAAUAACUAGGCCACUGCUGGUCACAUUCGCUCUUGCUACUGCUGAUGGAGUGACACAGCAGACAUGUCCUCCAGGUGUUUUUAAAACUAAAGUGUGCAAAUAUUCAAGGCUACUAAGGUUUAAUCAUUAUGCCUUGGAAAUCUCCCCAGACAAGAAAAAAGAGACACCUUUGAAGGAAAAAGAAGGAAAAAAAGUGGAGAAGGCACAUUUUAAAGAAAAAAAGGUCACAGUCCCAGAAGUAAAGGAAACCCACUACCAUCACAAUGUGACAACGGACAAGAUUUCAAAAGCUGCAAGAGCAAAGGGACACGGUGAUCUAAGUGCAACAAAGAAAGAAAAAUCUGCUGUCCGCUACUAUCAGUGUGUCUUUGUAAAUGGAUACAAUGGGCAUAAAUCCCAACCCCCUGUUACUCCAGCUCAAGACUACAAAGGGAAGGCUGGACAGCCAAAGACUUCUGGGCCAAAGACCAAGGCACCAAAACAAUAAGCGUCACGCAACCUGCGACAUUAUGACAAUUUUGCACUUUGUGCCCUCUACAGAGGGCCACAUGAAAUCCAUUGGCACCUGUGAUCAUAGAAAUGUGAUCCAAUAGGUCACAUGCACUUGGAAAGGUUGUCUGCUCAUCUCCAGAGGAGCAGAGGCAAAAAGAGGGGAGAUGUAACAGCAUUUUAGAGAAUCUCCAAGUACUCCUUUCCUGAAGGGAAGCAUGGUGCUGAAAUAGUACUUGACAAAAAGUAAAGU